CCAUCUGAAGAGCAAGCUUCAGAACCGCCAUUCGAUGCUGCGAAAAGCUGUAGGCCUCCGGCUACCGCCUUUCGAUCACCUCCCUCACCUAUCGCCGCCGUACGCGUUGGCUUCGUAAACGCUACUAUGGGUUAUGGCCUCUUCGCCGCGCGGGAUAUCAGACAAAACGAGGCAAUUUUACACGAGGCACCAUUCAUGACUGCCUACUUCGAUGAGAGAUUUCCCGACGACAUGACCAAUACGGCCAGCCAGCGUGGCGCCUACAUGGAAUCUUUCCACGCACACCGCAGCAAUCUUAUCGCCGCGUUUCCCCGGCUGGCUGCCAGACACGGCUAUGGGCCGCUCGACUACGCACAAGCCGACACCUGUUUAAGUAACCUAACCACCCAUCUCCGCCACGGCCAAUGCGAUCCGUCGACUGUCACUCAAGCAGAAUACGAAGCCUUUACCAACACAAUCAUCCCAACGAAGACGGUAGUUGGUUCAGACGGCAACGCCUGCAGGGAGUUCUUCCGGGACUACGCCUUCAAGGUGCAGCCUAAACACAGCUCGACGCAAGCGGCGGCGGGAGCAGCAGCCUCCGAUCAGGCGGGCGCUUUCAAGCAGGAAGCCUGCGUGUACCUCCUCGGAUCGCUCAUCAACCACCGCUGCCGGCCGUUCCCGAACAAGAACAAGCCGGCCAGCAUCGGCGUGGACGCCAAAUACGGCGGUCCCCAGGGCCCCAACUGCGAGUGGCGAAUCGGCCCCUCGGCUCUCACGCGGUUUGCCCAGGAAAAGCACAUCGUCGUGGACGCCCUGCGGGACAUCCGCAAAGGCGAGGAGCUGACGUGGGACUACCACAAGAAGGUGCUAGGCUUCAUCUGCCAGUGCGACAUCUGCCAGGAGUCCUUCAUG